CAUCCUGCUCGACGCUCCCGCCGCCGUCGUCGCCGUCGUCGACGAGUCAGCAUACUUGGUCUACCCGCUUUUUUAGUCACCGCAUUAACCUGCCUUGGCCGCUGCUUAACAAUCUAUCCCCACUCGUCACCGAUGGAGGCGUUCAACGGCGUCCCCUCGCUCUGGGAUCUCUCCCAGCAGCCCGUUUCCUUCUCGCAGCUUCCAGACGACGACUUUCUCGCCCUUCUUCAAAAGCAGUUUGUUUCCAACGACUCCCCCACCGCUAAUUCCCUUUUCUCGCUCUCGCCAGGCGUCAACGGCCUCGACGGUGUCGAUCCGCAGAGCCUGACAAGAUAUAAUGGUAAUAACGGCAGUGGCAGCCCUAGCAGCUCCGACGAGAGUUCCCCCUCGCCACCCAGCGUACAUACAGACACUAGCUCGCGUAGGCAGUCUGCCGCUUACUCCGGUUCUCAGGUCGAGAGCGCCCAUGGAGAGCUGAAGCGCAAAGCCAGCGGCGAGGACGUCGAAGAUGGCCCCAGCCGUAAGACAGCGCACCCCAAUGACACCGCUGGCGCCAAAAAGGGUACGUCGUCAAGAAGAAAAUCGACGGGCAAUCCACACCAGGACGAGUCGCGGCUAUUAAAGCGCAAAGAGCAGAACCGUGCUGCUCAGCGGGCGUUCAGGGAGCGCAAGGAGAAACAUGUUCGAGACCUCGAAGACAAGGUAGCGGCUCUCGAAGCCAAGAACGCCGUCACCCAGUCCGAAAACGAGAACCUCCGCGAUCUCCUCCAGCGCCUCCAAUCCGAGAACAUGCAGCUCAAACAAGCAGCUUUCACCUUCAACAUGCCUUCUACCUCCACCGCCUCGCCCUCCUCCGCCGCCGGGCCCUCCUCGCCGCCUUUCACCGCCAAGCCGAACACACAGCCGCUGUACGCCGCGCUGCGCGACUACACCUUCAACUUUUCCUCCCCGCCAUCCGCCACGGUCCCGCACGCGGCGCCCGUGCUCGUGCCGGAGACGAUCGACUUUAACGCGCUCACAACGUUCGACGCCGCCGCGCUGAGCGAGCAGCCGGACGUGCACAUGGACAUGGGCUACGAUGGCGGCGGCGGGCGGAGUCCGUACAGGACGAUCGCGAGCAAUCCUUUGUUUAUGAGCUUCGCGGAGCCUGCGCCGGAGUAUGAGCAGCCCCAGCAGCAGCAGGGACAACAAUCGUAUCCGACGUUUGCGAGCCCGGCCAGCACGGGCCCCGGUAGCGGGAGCACGGGCCAGACGUUCGAAUUUAAUCAGUUCCUGCCCUGGCCGGGAUCGAUACCGAGCCCGUCGUAUGCCAGCGGGGCUGCGAACAGCCAUAGUUCGAACGGGAACAGUAAUGGCCAACAGCAGCAGCAGCAGCAACAACAACAACAACAACAACAACACAACGGGAAUAAUGGCGAUUCGACGAUGCAGAGCUUCGACGACCUGUUUGGCGGCAACUUCUUGACGUCGACGGGUACGGUCGACUUUAAUGCGCUUGUAGCGCGCUCGCCGGGGGACACGAUGAGCCCCGUGUCGCACCAUGCCAGUGGGUCGCCGUCCUCGCUGUCCUCUGGGACGGAGCAGACGCCGUCCUCGUCAUCGUCGUCGUCGUCCUCGCCGCUCACGCCGACGCUCAGCUGUUCCAAUAUCGGGGGACCGAAGGAGUGUCCGAAGACGAAGGCGGAGCUGGGCAAGUGCAUCGAGGCGCAGGGCGCGAGCCCCUUCGUGACUGGCAAUGGGGGCACGCCUGUACAGCCGUUCCCCGUGCUGCGGAAGGCGCAGGGCGGGGACGGUGGCGAGGAGAUGGUGGUAUGUAAGGGGAGUAAUAUCCCGCGGACGGAGGCGAGCGAGCGGAACGUCGAGGUGCUGGCUGCGUGGCGGAGUAUCACGAGCGAUCCGAAGUUCAAGGACAUUGAUAUCAAUGAGCUCUGCUCAGAGUUUACGAAGAAGGCCAAGUGUGAUGGGACAAAGGUUGUCCUUGAGCCGGCGGGCGUGCAAUGUAUAUUGGAUAGGCUGCAGGCGAAGAAGCAGGGGGUGCAGCAUUGAGUUACUUUUGCUCGUGCGUUUCUCUGAUUCCCUGUAUUUUAUCCCUCACCCCUGCAUUGUCUGUCACUGCUCCACGGGACACUACAUCACGCACGCAUGUACAUGUCUUCGUAUCCCAUUCAGUCACUUCAUUUAUGUCAUGUAUCGAUGUUUCUGUCUCUCGCUGUCGCUUGGUUUCGCUAUUUAAAUAAAUAGGCUCGGUCUCGGGUAUUCGUCGCGCACGUACUGGUGUUCUACUCUACCUCUACAUGUCUGGUUUCGUUAUGCUCGGUUGGCAUCGGUUGGCAAUGAAAUGGAUGUAUUAUAGCAG